AUGGCUCGACACGUCUUUACCGAACAAGAAGUGCGGCUCGCAGCAGAACGACGAAUCAAAUACAUUGGUGCAGCUAAAGUCAGCAUCUGCCAGAUUCAAUUCGAACCUCCCUUACCACGGGAACUGGACCCUAAGAACUUGGACCGGCUACGAAAUAUCUUCCGGAAGAAUCGUUGUCGCCGCCUAGAUGUCCAAAACCAUGUUCCAGCGACCGUGUCCCGACAUAAUCUCGCAGACGCAUUGCAGAAGGCGAAUGUUCCACAGGAAGCCUUGCUGACAACCGAAGGCCGGCAAAUUCCUCGACUGGAAUUUAUGGCGGGGCAACUUCGGGGUCUCCAUGGCCGUCAUCGUGUACAAGCGGGUGUUGAGGUACUUCCUCCGGCGGAUCGCUGGUGGACGGUUGAUCUCUACACAGACGACAUCGACCGAGAAUUGAGAGCGGCGUUGGUGGAUGAAUAUUCCAAUCAGAAGAAGCCGACCGAUGGGGAAGUCUAUCGCAAGAUCAGACAGUAUGAGGGCGAGGGCAAUGAAGCUUUUCGCGAGCGAUGGUUCGUGAGACUAUCGCCCAACAAUCAAGAGCGCUUGGAUCAACUUGACAAUAAGAAGAAUCGUCGUCUCCGACAUGCAUUUGACCGACUGCUAACGAUUCCUGGACUUUGGCCUAGCGGAAUGAGAAUCAGCCUGCUUCAUCGAUUGAUCGCUUCGGGCUGCAUUGAGGAGAUAGCAACCUAUUUGGACCACAUUUUGGACUUCUGGUCCUCUCUGGUCGGAUCACAUCGCCGUCUGAUGAAGAAAAUCGAUCAGGAUACGGUUCACGCCCUGCAGUUACUGGCACCGGGUAAAUCACGCACUGAUGAAAAGACGGCGUGCGGGCUGGUUCUCAGUGGCCAUGUGUUUGCCGAGUUCAGUGCUGAUGAGCGAAACGCGAUAUGGGCCAAGAUGAAAGACUUUGAUGGUCUCAUCCCGUCCCUAUACACUUUCUUUGAGGAUUUCAAGUACCUGGAGAGUUGUGCUCACUGUCUGAAGCGGCUCUUGGGUCCAUCACCCCGAUCUGUGAGGGAAGCCAUGAGUUCGAUCUUUGAUCCAGACUCGGAGUCUGGGGAAAAUCACCGAGAGAAAGGGAAGUGUAUCAUUCAGACCUCGGAGUCUACCUUCCGACGCCUUCAUGCGUCCGAGACAGAAUGCUUCGAGACAGGAUACCAGCAAUUAUGGCUGUAUGCUAUGCGACAUUAUCCACUGAUGCCGCCGGACCCCAAGAACUCUGAUGAUCUGUUGGCCAAACCGACUUGCGCUAAGCCGGACCCGCGCGCGAUCUUCGACAUGGCCCAUCUAGCUCACCGGCUCGGCUUUAGGUCCCCAGAAAUUGAUGGGCUGCUGAACAGUUCUCCGGAUCACCAGAUUGCACGAUCGGCCCUUCUCCAGGCCCGAAAGCCAAGCCGGUUUAGAUACGAUGACCAACACUUUGAUACCCGGUCCCCGCAAGAUCUUUUGGCAGACAGCACCGUCAAGGCGCACGCUCGCUCUGGGGUUCCGCAGACCCGCACCCAUAUUCAAGAUGCCCCUUUGUUAUUCUUAGAUCGACUGCAUGCUGAUGUUGAUGCCGCCGAUACAAUCACUAGCUUUUUUGUCCGGCGUUGUCUCUUUUUCGCCUUUUGGGGGAAGUCGCCAACGGUUGAUCCCAUCAAUAACAGAAGAUGCGGCAAUUUGAAUACAGACCAAGGGUUUGAAGAGGGGAUGGAAUCGCCGUUGUUUGUUGAAAAGGAACAUGCACCGGGCUUUGAUACGUCUGCACGGCACAAGGGCGCAUCAGGCAGGUCAUCUGUUACCGGAAGAAGCAACGCUUCAACACGUCUGGUACUCUCCAGUGUGAUCGACCAUUCAGAAAAUAGACCCGAGCCUAUGGACUUAGAUCCUCUCGAGCCAGCUCAAGAUGAGGAAAUCUUUGAUCAGAGAAGUCCAUCGGGUGGAGAUCACUCUACUCCCCGAUGGUCACUGAGCGAUUCAGUGCUGGAAAUGGUCCCUUCUCGCUGCUCGCCCGGGGCUGAUCCAGAGCUUGGAGAUUCUAAGAGUGAAUGCACCCAGAUCUCUCUGGAAACAGUCUCACUCGAAUGGGACCAGGGCGAGCGAGCAACAGGAGAGGAACCCAGUCCAGACACUGGAUCUGCCCUCGGAAUUGCUGAUCCUGCAGCACAGCGACGAUGUUCCUCGGAAACGGUAAUGUUGUCUGAAGAAAACCGACUCUCUAGGUCUGAAGAAUUGAAACCUUUUCUCGAUGGCCUGAGAAGGGCCCAAGUGGAGCAAGAGGAGGUGGAAAAAAGAAUGGAGAACGACCGGCUCAAUGAAGAGCUCAAUCUGCUCUAUCAUAAUCCAACCAGAAACUUGCUUCAAUCAGGUCCUACUCAGAGUUUGUCACCGCCAACCUCUGCUGAUCAGCAAGCGGAAGCAACGAACAGAGAUGCCGAGCACGUCCGAACAAGAAAUGACGACCUCAAUUGCCAAGCGUUUACACAAACACUUAUCGAAAUCAAGUUCUGGUCACUGGAACGAGGUCAGUGGAGCCAAUCAGACUGUCUCCUCGUAGACCCGUCCGACCCCUCACCCAUGGAGCGGCUCGCACGAAAGUACUCCUGCAAAGGAUUUACACUCUACGAUGUGAACCUCAAGAGCCUUCGUCCGGCCCAUUGCUACCGCGCAGCAACAGCGGACGAUACUAAUGCGAUAUUCUUGAUUUCCGCACAUGAGGAGAAAGCCAUUGUGACCGCAGAAGGAUUAGGGAAGGAGGAAAAGCUGAUUUCAAUGGCCGCUCGCGUUGUGGGACGUGCAGGAGAGUGA